CGCCCCCCCCCCCACUAAAGCUCCAAUGACUGCCGAGUCCGCUGUUCAGCUUGCCACUCGCGGCCUGCAGCACGCGGUCCCCGACCGGAAUGUUCUGUUCCUGGACCUGGACAACAACAUGUACCCCCCCUCGACCGGUAUCGACGUUCAGAUGCUGGAGCGCAUCCAGGCCUUCUUGGCCUGGAAGCUCGAGCUCGACCCCCGGUCCGCACUGGACCUCGGCCGGUACUAUUACCGCACGUACGGCCUGACCGUUCGCGGCCUGGUGCUCAACCACAGCGACCGAAUCAGCGCCCAGGAGUUCGACAAGCACAUCGACGGGAGCCUGGACAUCUCGAUGCUGCGCGAGGACCCGGCCCUGCGGGCCAUCAUCACGGCCGCCCGCGAUGCCGGCACCGAGGUCCUCAUCUUCACCAAUGCCGGGAUCACUCACGCCCGGCGGGUGCUCAAGGUCCUGGGUCUGGCGGACUUCUUUGUGCCAGCCGCUUGCCAGGGCCCGACCGGGUGUUCUCGCGACCCGGGGACUUGUGCCCCGGCGCCGGCCGUCCCCAAGUCCGACCCGCUCUACAGCCGGCCGCCCAACUCCCGCUGCGGCCGCGUCAUCUACUGCGACUACUCGGCUCCGAACUUCCCGUGCAAGCCCGAGUUUGACUCGUACCUGGCCGCCCGCUGCCAUGCGUCGGCCGUCCUCCUUGGCGGCGCUGAUGGGACCGCCCUCAACAUGGCCUCGGUCUUCGAUCUGCCGCCUGUGCCGGCCGCGCGCAGCUUCUUCGUCGACGAUUCCGACCUCAACAUUCGCAUGGCCCGCGCUCUCGGCUGGCACGCCCUUCAGCUGGAUCCCAACUCGCCCCACGGAGCGGAGGUGUGCCCGGAGAUCCUGUCGGCCGCUACGGCCGCCGUCAAGGCCGCCGUUGCCGAUACCGCGGCCGCUGCCGCGGCUGCCGCCACCGGCGUCGACGGAACCAUGAUGAACCCCGACUGCGCGGACAAUGCGCGUGCCAUGGUCGAGGCCGCCGAGGCCACCGGCCUCAAGGCGGCCACCGAGGCCGCCGCCAACCCCACGGCGACCCCGGCCCCCGACGCCCCGACCCCCAGUGGCCCCUACUACCCGCCGAUUCCCUACCUGGCGCUCUUUGUCAACCGGUUUGCCGUGCUCUUUGGCGGCCCGGCCGGCGUCCAGCGCACCUUCGACGCCAUUGCCGCCGAGGAGCAGGCCUUCGCCAGCCCGACCAUGAUCCGGUCCCGGCCGUCCGGCAUCGAGGGGCUCCCUCCGCCCCCGACCAGCCGGCCGGUCACCUCGGCCGCUGCCGAGCUGGAUGCGGCCGAGGCCCAUGCCGACAGUGGCGCCGCUGGUGCCAUCAUCACCGAGGCCGGCAAGGAGUAGUGCAUGGUCGAUGCCCCUCCCCCCGCCUGGGCUCGCAUUUCCCCCUUCGCCCCCC